UUUUUUUUCUCUCUCUCUCUAACCUGUGUUUUCUCUUCCACUAAAUUCCCAAAUUUCGCCUUAAUUUCUCUCCCCUGCUUACGAAAACCGAUUAUACGUAUUCACCAAUGCAUGAUCUUCCGAUCCGAUAAACUAAUGUUGGAGGCAAUGGAGAGUUCCGCCAAUGGCUGUGGUUUCUCGCAGUUACAGAGUUGCGGAGACAGUAGCGAAGAAGAGCUCUCGGUGCUGCCACGUCAUACUAAAGUGGUUGUAACCGGGAAUAACCGUACUAAAUCGGUUCUUGUUGGUCUUCAAGGCGUGGUCAAGAAGGCUGUUGGGCUUGGAGGGUGGCAUUGGCUGGUUCUUACUAAUGGCAUAGAAGUAAAGCUACAGAGAAAUGCACUCAGCGUAAUUGAAGCACCUACUGGCAAUGAAGACGACGGGGAUCUUGAAUUCGAAAACAUGCAGUGUAAUGGAUCCGACAUGGUAUCUGAUGACACUCACAAGUGCCACAGAUCGAGGCAUAGAACACAUAAACCGACUGGUUCUUCUCACAAGAAUAUGAGCAGGUCACUUUCUUGUGACUCGCAGUCUAAGGGGUCUGUUUCCACUACUAUCGGAUCCACGAAGGUCGACCUCAGCAAACUCGAGAUAUCUGCUUUAUGGAGAUAUUGGAGACACUUCAAUCUUGUGGAUGCCAUCCCCAAUCCAUCGAAAGAGCAACUAGUCGACGUUGUUCAAAGGCAUUUCGUGUCACAGCAAAUGGAUGAGCUGCAGGUCAUUGUGGGAUUUGUUCAGGCUGCAAAGAGAUUGAAGACGGUUUGCAAAUGACCAGGAUAAGAAUGUUCUGAUGGGUUUCGAGCUCGGUUGUCAGUGCUAACAGAAAGUCGUUAUCCUAAUAUCCUCUUCACUUGUUAGCGAUAUCGAUAAUAUGUAUGUAUUCGUGGCUUGUUUAUCUUUCCAGUACUCGAGCUGUUUAGUAGGUUAAGAUCUAAUUGAAGCGAUAGAGGUCAUUUCUUCCUUUUUGGUAGGGUAGUUAUAUGUAGAUAUGAUGUAAAAACUUGG